UGGAGUCUGUGUUUGCAGUGAGAAGAAAAUUUGCUGGGAAAACUUUAGGUUGAAACAUGCUGCAGCUCUACAUACUCACCCUCGGCUUGUUACCAUGGAUCCCAGCCUCCCUCUGCAGGGUAAACACAGAGGAGGAGUUUAUAGUCCUGGAGGGUGGAUCCCUCACCAUCCCGUGCCAUUAUGAGCGUCAGUACGCCGGCCAUGUGAAAUACUGGUGCCAGGGGACAACGAGGGAGUUCUGCACCACCUUAGCUCGAACCGACGACACCGGCCCGAACGAUCCGGCUGAGGAUAAAGUGAGCGUUUUCGACGACCCGGCCCAGCAGGUGUUCACAGUGACCAUGAACAAGCUGAAGGUGGGGGACUCGGGGUGGUACAUGUGCGGCGUGGAGAUAGGCAGUGUGUGGAACGCUGAUGACGUCGCCUUCACCAACAUCAAGGUCGUUCACGGUAUGUCAAUCCUGCACAGCAGAGUGAGUGGGGAGGAGGGAAGUAGUGUCACAGUUGAAUGCCUCUACAGUGAGAGAUACAGAGAAAGUGAGAAGAAGUGGUGUCGGAGCGGAGACCAGCGCUCCUGCCGGCUGACAGGUUCUGAGGGGAGCUACGAAGAUACUUCAGUGGCCAUCAGCGAUGACAGAACUGGGGCUUUCACUGUAACCUUAAAGAAGCUGCAGAUGAGAGAUUCUGGCUGGUACUUGUGCUCUGCAGGGCAGCAGCAGUUAUCCGUGCAGGUGCUGGUCACGCCGCGGCCCACCACUGCGGCGUCGACAACAUCCCCACCUGCACCGCAACAGUCCGUGGUGCAUCUGCCUCCACCCAAACCCAUCACUAAGGAGUCCUGGAACAGUCACAGUCGCAUGUUGGAGCCUAUCGUGGUGUGUUCGUCUCUCAUGCUCCUCGUGGCUUUGGCCAUACUGGGAAGAAAGUUGUGGAAACUGCACAGUGGAUCCUGUGCGAAGACAAGUUAAGGACAUUAAAGCAAGAUUCAAUGAGUAUCCAGGGGAUGUAAGUGACUUGCAAAAUGCUACAGUUGUUUUCAUUAACAAGGAAUCCCAGGACUUGUACUGAGAUCAGCCCGAGCGGUGUUUAUUGCUACUCUCUGUUAUUGAAUGUAAAUGUUGUGUCAGUUUACUGCACAGAACAUGCGCUGUCUUCCCUCGUUUUUUGUUUUUUUUCUAGAUUAGAUACUGUUCCGUUUGACAUCUUCGGAGAGUUAUGCGUCUUGCUUGCUGCUUUCCACAUACAGCUGCUACAGUCCGCAGAUCACAUGUAACUGAAACCGAAAUUCAUCAUGCAAAACGAACUUGGCACAUAUUGCGGAUGUCUGUUCAUUGUGGUUAGUAAUGCUGUAUUUUCUUUUCGCUGGGUUCCGGUUGUAGACUAAAUAAAAUGAAAAUAAUUAUGUAUAUGACUCAUUGUUUCUUCACCACGUAAUCAUUUGUGAGAGGAAAUUAAAUCAUAAUGCUUCACUGUAGAGGGCCAUCAUUUCCUAAUCAAUAAUUAUGUUUAAUGGGAAAAAUAAAAUGACUGCCGUGUGGUUUUGUUUCGCCGCCAUUCAGUCGAGCUACAGUUUGCAUUCAUUUCUCCUUCUGUUAUUGUGUUAUGGUGUUGAAUAAUGUCGAGAUAAGUGUUUUUGCAGAACAUUACGAUGUUACAGUGAAGCUGGCCUUUGAACUCGUGCAUAUAAAGUUUCAGCUUUUCAGAAUUUAA